GCAUUAAAAACAUCCCUGAUGUUUAAUGAGUCCUCCAACAUGAAAUUAAGCGUGAACAAUCAAAAAGUCGUCAAAACAUUUCAAAUCUUAGGGACAAUUUUGAUGCUUGCUCUUGUUGUCCUGAUGGCUGUUUACUUCAUGAGAGUGGACAGCAUAGUUGAUCCUAAGGGAGAGGCGAUUGUCAGCCUUUGUGAAGAGGUGGAGGAGGAAGAAGGACUCUAUGGAUAGCUCCCAGGAACCACAAUAAUUGAGGACACCAAUAGGUCCGAUGAUUCCUGCAGCUUUGAACUUCUGGAUGACGCCUAUGACUUAGCUUUUCAGAUAAAUAGCACUGCAGCCGAACUCUUGUACCGAGCCCGGAUGAGUCUCCUUGAUAUGGCCCAUGAAAUAAUUCAUGUGGCUUCUUACUACUGGUCCCUUACUGGGAAGGAUGUCAACGUCAAUGAUUCAUUUUCCAAGCAACUGGCACCCUCCCAGGCAAUCUUGAGCAGGGCCUGGGGGACUAUUCUGAAAAGCAGAAGGGCCAAGUCCGCCUUAUUUCAGGCAGAUCAUCUGAAUAUAAAUGAGUCACAGUCUGACAGCAGAAGGAUGAAAUCACUGACCUGUGUGUUUUCUUCUUUACAGGCUUCUCCUCCAGCUUUUUGUCCAGAGCGUCGCAUCCAAGACCGCUCUGCUGUAAUCAAUAUUAUCAGUGAGGCACGGAAAUUUGUCUAUGUUUUCAUGAUGGAGUAUUUCCCUACCAGGCACUUCAUUCAUUCAGAAAGAUACUGGCCAACCAUUGACAUUGCUCUGAGAACUGCAGCUUUCUACUACAGAGUACCAAUCCGGCUUCUGGUCAGCUGCCGGAUGCAAUCUGACCGAGCCAUGCUCUGCUAUCUGAGGUCCCUGCGUGCUCUCAACAACCCACAUGCCUACAUCAGCAUCGACAUGAAAGUCUGAAUUGUUCCAGUUUUGAAUCACACAAACAUUCCUCGUGAGAGAGUGAAUUAUAUCAAAUAUAUCAAAGCAGCCUAUAUUGGGACUUCCUAUUGGUCGGAAGAUUACUUCAUUAAGACAGCUUGCGAGGGAGUAAUUAUCAAACAGAAUUCGACCAACCCACAAAGAAGGCAACUGCCUACCCAGGAACCAUUAAGAAAACUUUUUGGGUGAGACUGGAAGUCCAAACACGCAGUGACUCUGGAAGAUGUGGAGGGACAGAAAGGCUGCCAGCAGAGGGGCAGAGUCUGA